AUGAAACUGAUCAGGUCCAUUCUUGUGGCAUGCAUCAUGCUAUUCCUCACAUACACAUUGUGCCACUGGAAAUUUAUGAAAGGUGGUUCUCCAGAGAGUAAUAUCCACAAGGCUUUGAUAGCAGCAAAGACGAAGGCAGAAGACAUACGGUGGAUCCAUGAUACCUGCUCAGAAUUAAACCACACAGCGUUUAUCUAUACGACCGAGACGCCGCCCGAGAGUGACUUAUUGAUCCCGCGAUCGGCUAGAGGCCGCGAGGCAGCCGCUUACCUAUCUUUCAUCAUUGAUUAUUACCACGAACUCCCUGCAUAUUCGAUCUUCAUUCACGCCAAUCAAGAGCAAUGGCACAAUGACCUCUUUGGACCCAGAACCCGAGACGUUCUCCGACAUCUCCGCUAUGAGGCUGUCGAUGCUCAAGGAUAUGUUAAUCUGCGCUGCAUGGAAAAUCCCGGAUGCCCAAUCAGCGCAAAUCCACUGAAUCCCACACAGAACGAUAUUAGUCGAGACGAUGUGCGGGCGCAUCUGGCGGAGAUCUAUAUGGACUUGUUUGCGGUUCCUCGCGAAAAUGUGCCGAAACAUAUUGGUGGAGUCUGCUGUGCACAGUUCGCCGUUAGUCGGAAACAAAUUCUGAGGAGGCCAAGAAGGGACUAUGAACGGAUGCUGAGAUGGGUUGCAGAGACGCAGACAACAGAUGAUUUUGGUGUAGGUUGGGUGAUGGAGAAAGUGUGGCAUAUCGUCUUCGGCAUGGAGGCUAUUUAG